AUGGAAGAAGAAUCUCAGAACAGUAGCACCAAUACAAGCCAUUUACUCGGUUCUGUUCCAGCUGUUGUUGCUGAUGAAAAGAAUGCCUCAAAUAAUCCAGUGCCUUAUGCAACUAUGCAAACAUUCCCUCCCAACAGUGGUGGCAGAGAUCAGGGAUAUCAAACUCUUGGGACUCCAACCGAAGCUUUUGGGCAACAACCGGCUAAUAAUUGGCAGGGAUUCUUUAGUGUCUCAUCUUACACGCAAUAUUUCAAUGUGGACACGGAUGUUGUUGUGAACAGAUUGAUAAGUUCUUUGAAUCCUGUCGCUGAUGACUUUUUUGGCAAGAUAGAUGCUAACCCUGAUUUGUAUGGGCUUAUAUGGAUCUCAACAACAUUGGUUUUUGUACUUGCGUUACUUGGUAAUCUUGCAACAUACCUUAUGCAAAAACAUAUAGAUAACAAUACUUCCUGGAGCUUUGACGUUAACUAUGUGCAAACGGCUGCGUGGUCAAUAUAUGGCUAUGUGAUAGUGAUCCCAUUGGCAUACUACUUUUUCCUUCAGUAUAUGGGUUCAAAUGCUAAUCUUAUACAGUUUUGGUGCAUGUGGGGGUAUUCCCUCACCAUUUUCAUCUUAUCCUCUUUUCUAUUGCUUAUUCCCAUUGGGAUUCUGCGGUGGAUUAUAAUAAUCCUCACUGGUUUUGCCUCAGCUACCUUUGUUGCUUUGAACCUAAGAUCCUUUUUAGGAAGUGAUCUUUCGGUGACCGUAAUUGCAGCAUUUGUCUUGCAAAUAGCUUUGGCCGUCUUCAUCAAAGUUCAGUUCUUCGAAUAA